AUGUCUCAAGCUCUCUCGCAAACCAACGCACCGUUGACUUCCCUACCAAAGCCGACUGUAAAUAUACCCGGCCUUCCCACCACACCAGAACAGUAUGAAGGAUCUGUCGACCGGAUCGAGGAAGAACAGGAGGCUUUGCGAGAUGCUCGAGAUGAUCUAGUUGGAUCACGUUUCCGACUCUAUACCAAACGCCGAGAUUUUCGGGCCCUCCAAGAGAAGGCAGAGACUGAAGCAGGCGCAGCUUUCGAACUAGUGAGACGCUAUCUCUACAGCCAGGGUCUUAAUCUUCCAACCCAUAUCGAGAAUGCGAUUUCAGAAGCAGCAGAGUUGAGGGAUACUCUUGCAGAGCAGAGUGCUCAUCUCGAGGAAGCCGAAGAGACCUACAAUCUGGAAGAAUGGAGGUAUACGCAGAAGGAAACUAAUUUUGUGGAAGGACUGUCAGGGAUUUUUCCUGUGUCGAAUGCAUACAGCUUGCCUAGGCCACUGCUAGAAACGCGCGGUGUUGAUCCAGGAAGUGUGACGCAAUUUUCUUUUGGUCGUUCGAACGUACAGGAUACUUCCGGUUCUCUGGAAGGACUAGAAACACCUCUUAGUUCUCUAGCGAACGGACCGAGUGUGACUACCUUAGAAGACCUUGAUCAAAUCCGGAUAUCUGAGUUGCAUGAGGCUGCAGAAUCUUCGAACGAUUAUUCAACCUCACUGCCACAUCAUGCCACCCCAACUCAAACUGAAGAGGCUAUGCACGCUCUACCGCAUCCUUACAGCGAGAACGAUCUCAACUACGCACGAAUCAAUUGGUCUACCACUCGUAGGCGUAUCGAUAACUGGCUUUUCGAAAUCUUGUCAAAGUCGCAGCUCCAAAAAGGGCUGCUUAAGACUUUGGUGCCAACGGAUGAUAUUGAUGACGACGCCUGGUGGCAGCUCGUCGUUGAAAAUUGGAGCUCAGAUAAUCCGGAUACUGGGUCUUUCCAUACUGGAGACACUACAGCAUCAGGUACAACUACUAGUCGCCAUUCUAUCUCGAUUACUACCAUGAAAAAUCUAUUUGAAUCGCCGGUGACUCUCGACUCUGAGACAAAACCAUCGCCUGUAGUCCCGCUACUUUCUGGAGAUCAGAUCGUUGAGACGUUGGGGAUUGUCAAUUUUCCGAGUACUAUCGAGCUCAACGAUCUCAUUGAUUCCUUACCCAAGCAUGUCAGCUUUAUGGAGCGAUCUCCAAGCGCCCGUUCCAUGUGCAUCGAGUCUACCGUCAUGGCACGUGCAUUUUCGGGCAAGAGCGAUUGUACAUUUUCUGCCAAUGAAGCUUAUAACUCUUGUACAUCGUUUGAAAAUGGUGGUACAAUCAUCCGCGAGGAGCAGCCUGAGAGAGCGAGGCACAAAUCUUUACCCGAACAAAUGCAGCAAGGGAUAACAAACAUGAUUGUCGACGACGAAAGGGAACCUAAAUUGGGUCUUACAUUCGCCUCUGAUAAUAAUUCUCCGACGGACAGACCUCAAAGUCUGGAUAAAGUUCAGUCAACAGCACCCCAAGUCCCUCCUUCCCUUUCGACGUCAACUAGGUCGCAAUCCCCUGAGAGUGCACGUGGACAUCUAACCACUUCACUCAGUCAAUUCUAUCAAAUAUAUCCGACUCUCCAAACAAUGUCGUGCACGAAACUGCCAAAAUCCAGAUCAAACUCUCAGGGCGCAAAGACGCAGGCCUCCCCACGCCUUUACCAACCUUACAUUAGGAUCGACAGCCCAGAACCCUGGAGCUUACCACUCGUUCGCCUAACCCCAUUCUCAGAUGUAGUCUAUCAUAACAAUCCUCAUCGAAUUGAAAACCUUCCCUUCGUGUCUUUCCAGGACUCGCCAUAUCAAGUUCCCGAACCUUCCAAGAUAUCCGGAUCCUCUUCACAUAGUGUGUAA